AUAACCACAACUGCUGCACCAACAACUACUGCACCAACAACAACAACAACUGCUUCAUCAACAACCACAACUGCUGCACCAACAACCACAACUGCUGCACCAACAAAUACAACUACUGCACCAACAACAAUUACAACUGCUGCACCAACAACCACAUUUGCUGCACCAACAACCACAACUGUUGCACCAACAACUACAACUAUUGCACCACCAACAACUGAUGUACCAACAACUACAUAUUCUGCACCAUCAGCUACUGCACCAACAACCAGAACUUAUUCACUAACAACUACAACCUAUACACCAUCCAGUACAACCUCUGCACCAACUACUACAACUACUUUACCAUCAACUCCAACUAUUUCACCAACGACUACAAGUGAUUUAUCAGCAACAACUACUAUGCAAAUAAUUACAACUUCUGUACCAAUAACUACAACUGAUGCACCAACAGCUACUAUACCAAUAUCUACAACUACUUUACCAACAACUACAACUAUUCCACCAACAAAUACUACACAUAAUGAACCUACAACUACAACAACUUCCAGUUUCACUACUACUCCACCAACAACAACCACGACUGCUGCACCAACAACAACAACAACUGCUUCAUCAACAACCACAACUGCUGCACAAACAACCACAACCGCAGCACCAACAAAUACAACUACUGCACCAACAACAAUAACAACUGCCGCACCAACAACCACAACUAUUGCACCACCAACAACUGAUAUACCAACAACUACAUCUUCUGCACCAUCAACUACAACUACUGCACCAACAACCACAACUUCUGCACUAACAACUACAAUGUAUACACCAUCAAGUACAACUGCUGCACUAACAACAACAACAACUGAUGCACCAACAAGUAAAACCUCUGCACCAUCAACUUCAACUACUGAACCAACAAGUACAUCUUUUGCACCAACUACUACAACUACUUUACCAUCAACUCUAACUGAUUUAUCAACAACAACUUCUACACAAAUAACUACAACUUCUCUACCAAUAACUACAACUGAUGCACCAACAGCUACUUUACGAAUAACUACACAUUCUCUACCAAUAACUACAACUGAUGCACCAACAGCUACUAUACCAAUAUCUACAACUACUCCACCAACAACUACAACUACUCCACCAACAAAUACACAUAAUGCACCUACCACUACUACAACUUCCAAUUUCGCUACUACUACAACAACCACAACUGUAGCAACAACAACAACUUUACAAAUAUCAACUUAUACACCAACAACUGAAGCACCACUGCCAACAUAUACUCCAUUUCUAACAAAUACAACCACUUCACACAGAACUCUUCUUUUACUACCCACAACAACAGCUACUACUACUACUACUACAAUACCUAAUUUUGCACAGAAGAGAAAAAAACGAAAUGCAGUUUCACUAGAAACCACAGGGCAAACAUACAACCUACAAAAUCCAAGAGCACUAACAACAAGUAUUUCACAAACAACACCAACUACUCUACCAACAACUAGUACUCCCACAGCUAUUCCACCAACAUCUUCAACCACUCCACCUACAACAACUUCCUGUAGUUGUAGUACUCUAUCCACAACCAUUAUUUCAGCAACUCAACACAGUGCAACGACUACUUUGAGAACUACUUCACCAACAACUACGCCAUCAAUAACUUUUUCAAAUACCAAAACUUUACCACCAACAACCACUACACCUAAUACUUCAACAACUAAUCCACCAGCAGCCAAUACAACAACUUCAUCAACAACUGUUCCACCAACCACUAUAACUGCUCCAUCAACAACUCUUCCACCAACCGCUACAACUACUCCAUCAACAACUCUUCCAUCAACCAUUACAACUGCUCCAACAACUCUUCCACCAACCACUACAACUACUCCAUCAACAGUUAGUCCAGCAACAAGUACUACAGUUGUUCAUGCAUUUCUUAGGAUCAAAUUAUUUGAUAACCUGAGCAAUCUUCAAAUCAAGGAAUAUUUGAACAAGGUUAAACAAUAGGGGUAAAUGAGGGGCUGGGGUGUGGUCUCAGAGGUGUGGUCUGGGUUGGGUUGGCUGUCCAACUCGUGUUCUUUGGGAAGGCCAUCGGCAGAGCGGAGGUGGUUCUGCCCUUGUUGUGCAGGCAAUUUUAGUAUGGAUGUAGCGUUUUGAUGAACUUGAAAUUAGAGCUUACUCACAUUUCAAACUGUUGUGGAUAACCCUUACGAUUGGAGGCAUAAAUGUAACCGAAGCAAGCAGGAAUCCAUUUAAGGCAAAAAUGUAUUGCGUACAAGUGAAGGAAAAUAAAUAAUCCCAUAGUGUUGGCAAAAUAGAAUGCUGCUACAAACAAAAAUAAAUGAAAAUAAAUAAACAUAACUUUACAGCAGUGCCUACAAUGUAUUGUUGCACUAGCAGGCUACACGCUACAGCUAGUACAUGCUUUCUCUUGGGCUGAAUCCGAAAUGGCAUACUCAAUGAGUAGGUACUCAAUUUCAGUAAGUACUUACUUAACGAGGGCUAAAUACCUACUGUUUUGCCUAAAUGGCUGUAGUAUGAAUGCGAUCGCCCAUCGUACGCCAUAUUGACGUGAUCAUGUGACGUAAUUCUUCUUCUGUUCCUUCUCAAUGGCGGGUGGCUGGCAACUUACAUUUGAGGUGCAUAUCCGCCACCUCCUGUACUGGAGUGUGGGCCAGAGAUUAGCCAUGUGAUGUAAUGACAAUCACAACAAUUUAAGUUAUGAGAGACAGGUUGCAUUAACAACUUAACAUGGGUUUUGUACAAGUAAACAACACAUGAAACAAAGCUUUUUAUUUUCAUGUAUUUUCAUUUUUACCUUGUAGGGCUAUAUGCUUUUGAUAAAAGUAAACAAUUAAAAGUAAUACAACAGCUUUGUGAUUUUGCGAUGGAUUUUCUCAGUUAAAUUUCGGCAAUAACAGGCCCAUCCACACUUCCCAUUGUGAAAAAUGAUAAUGCCAAUGGAAUGUUCUUUUUGUGACAGAAACAUGCUUGACUGUAAACUGCUGCAAAUUAUUCUUUUGUCUGUAUUCUGCCCAUCGGUUGAUGUCACUCACGUAGAUACGUUGCUCCAAUAUGCAUUCUAUUGUAGUAUUAACAACAACCUGAGUAAAUCUCUUCUGUGGUGUUUUUAUGCGCUAAGUAUGUUUCAACAUGGACGUUAUACAAAUGUUAUCCGACCACGCUCUCGUUUAACUUUCACUUUCUCCUCAUCUGUUCUUUUCUUUCCUUGUCCAUAAAACUACACCAUUUUUACAUGUCUCUUUGUUUUUCG